AUGCACCUUGUAAUUCGUCGUUAUACAUAUCGUGCUACUCUCUAUAUAAUUCUCGUUUGGUUUUUAAUCAUUUUUAUCUUAUUUCAAUUACAUAAUUCAACCACAAAUUCUAGCGAUAAACAAACAUUUAGUGAAGAUGAAAAUACCGACGAACUUGCAGAACUUAACAUUAAUCCACAUGAUUCGAUUAAUUUUAUAAAAAGAUCAAUUAAAAAAUUAGAUAAUAAACAAGAACAACUAAUGGCAUCAAAUAUUGAUGAUAAAAAAGUUGAUCUAAAUGGGCCAGGUGAAAUGGGUAAACCAGUUGAAAUUGAUAAAACUAAAUUAUCACCAUAUGAACUUAUAAAAUAUGAAAAUGGCUUUGAAAAACAUGCAUUUAAUGUAUAUGCUAGUGAUUUAAUAUCAUAUCAUCGUAGUUUACCUGAUGUACGUGAUCCAGAUUGUCAAAAACUUCAACAUGAACCUAUAUCAUUAACAGCAAGUAUUAUUAUGUGUUUUCAUAAUGAAGCAUGGUCAGUAUUAUUAAGAUCAAUACAUUCAAUUAUUAAUCGUAGUCCUUCACAUUUACUAAAAGAAAUUAUUCUUGUUGAUGACUUUUCUGAUAUGGAACAUCUAAAGGAACCAUUGGAUGAGUAUAUAAAGCAUCUUAAAAUAGUUUCAAUAGUUCGACAAAAACAACGAGAAGGUUUGAUACGUUCACGUUUAGCAGGUGCUGCUGUUGCAAAAGGGGAUGUUAUUAUUUUUCUUGAUUCACAUAUUGAAGCUACAGAAGGUUGGCUUGAGCCUUUACUUGAUCCAAUAUUACAAAAUCGUACAUUUGUUGUAACACCUGUUAUUGAAACUAUUGAUGACACGACAUUUAAAUAUAUGCCUAUUCCUGUUACAGUAAUAAGUACUGGUGGUUUUGAUUGGAACUUACAAUUUGAUUGGCAUCCUAUGUCCGACCGAGAACGAGAAAGAAGAAAACAUCAUUUAGAACCAAUACGAACACCAACUAUGGCUGGAGGACUUUUUGCUAUUAGUAAAAGUUAUUUUUAUGAAUUGGGAUCUUAUUUCUGUGUUGAUGCAAAUACUGAUCCCAAACAUUUUAAUGAACCAGUAAUUAGUUAUCCAUGUCAUAAUGAAGGUGGUAAUCAGUUUUUUAUGUUAACCAAAAUAGGUGAAAUUCGUCGAGAUCAUGGAUGUUUAGAAUAUAGUGGUGGAAUAGCAGAUAUUAAUAAAGAUGAUAAAGUUCUUGUUUUGUCAUGUCAUGGCAAAAAAGGAAAUCAAUAUUGGAUUUAUAAUGAGCACAAUCAAAUAUACCAUCCAGCAUCGAAUUCAUGUAUGACAAUAUCUGAUGAUGACCAACAUAUUCAAAUGCAAGUAUGUGAUCUCGACGAUGCAGCUCAUAGAUGGUCAUGGACUCAACGAUUACUUAAUGAAACGCACAAUACUUAA